AUGGUUUCCAACGUAACCAGGAGUCCUCAGCUCAAAUUAUCUCAUCUAUUGUCGUCAAUACCAGUAUUCUCCUUUAUUGAAGAGCUUGUCAACCUCCCACAGCCAAAUGAAUCCAACUUGGUACCACUUCUGCAGCAUGAGCUAUUCAAAAUCAAUAAAGUAUUGGAUGACAUUGAUUUGUAUCUCAACGACUUGAUCAUCGUAUUCAACAACAUAAAAGAGGUAUCUGGACAUGCUACGAAUGUACUAGAUUGGUUCCAUGAAGGUAAGAAAGAGCUACAGAGCUUGUUUCAGGACGUGGACAGUGUUGAUUCGAUAAUAUCACGACUUUUAUCAGCAAUAGAAACCGCCGAUACUUCAACCCACAUAAGCCAGAGUUUGAUUAAAAAAUUUGAAGAAGUCAGUGAUGUGUUAUUGGAUGUUAAGAAGUCACUGAUUGUCUUGAAAAGAACUUUGGAUAUCUCAAAUAAUUACCGGGACUUACUCGAGUCAGUUAUUAAGUCAUUAACAACUGAAAUUGAAAUGUGUACCAAAGUGGUUAUAAAAAUGAGCGACUGCAAGUUGUCAAGUCCCAAAAGAGUGUUGCCCCAAUUCAAUUUGAAUGAUAUUAUUUCCAAGAUGAAGAUUAAUGAAUUCACCACCUCAUCGGUGUCCGUAAAGUCGAUAAAACUCCCAACUUUUAGUGAUCUGGAUCAAGAAGUUUACAACGAGUUUGUGGCAGUGGAACAGAAGAUCCUUCCAUUGCGUAUUUCACUUGAUAUCGUUACUGCAAAAAUUGAAGAAUUCAACUCUCUUUGUCUGCAGGACUCGUACAAGGUUCCAAGAGAACAGGUGCUCUUGAAUUACGAGUCAAUGUUGGACAAGUGGAAAUAUUUGGAUGCGCAAUUCAAAAUCUUUAAACAGGAUAAUAUCGACAGUAAAUGGAAUGACAUUUUCAAGUACUUAAUUCAUGAAAUCGACCAGGAGUGCGACGAAUUGAUUGACGUUUUGGCAUUUUCCGAUACAGCCAGUACAGGUGAUAAUUCCACAAUUACUGAGGACAUCGGAUCAAGGUACAAAGUAUGCUCCAACUCGAUAAACUUGAUUGAAAGUGCCAUUGUAGAAAGAUUAAUCACAGAUACAGAAGUUCCCCUGACGUAUAACAAAAGUUUGCACCCCAAGUGGAUGGAGGUGAAUGAUUUGAUCUUGAGAGCUAAAGCCGAUCUGCAUACGCAUAAUUUAAGACUCAAGCAACAGCGGGAGCGGUCUUUGAGAAUUCAUGGUUUACGUCAAUUUCGCACCACUUCCAAGAACUCUCAUCAAGAUGAAUUCGAGCGUCCAAUGAGUAACGGGAAAGGAAUUGAUUUUAAUGUGGAUGUGGAGUCUGUCACCAUGCCCUUGAGUAUAUCAAAAAAGGAUCGAGUAAAGGAUGUUUUCAAUGGCGAGAACCCCAAGGGGAAGAAUUUGAAAGACUCUCUUGUCCAGGUUUUCGAGGACAUGAAUAUUAAAGAGAGAGAGGACGAAGAGGAGACAUUGGUCAAGACUCCUGUACUCAAGGGCCCGUUGGAAUCACAACCAAGGCAAAAGGCUGUUUCAUUCGAUUUCGACAGUUAUAUAAACAACAUUAUAAACUCAAGCACACGCCCAGCAUCCAAACUACCACGCAUUGUUUCGAAUUAUAUUCAGUUGGGGUACCCCAAAUUCUCUAAGAGGGGAGGCUUUACAAAAAUUCCAGAAAUCGAUGUUACUCACCCUGUUUUCCAGUCUCCAUACAGAACAAGUCGUUCCCAAAACGGUACACUACCCGCUGGCGGCAUUGAAGUUUCACCUCCUCCUCCUGCACAUCAUGACUUUGCCGAUCCAUUUUAUGUCGCUCGGUCACGUGCUAGCUCAAAUGCAACUGUCAUUGGUAGACCAAAUUCUCUACUAAAUGAGACCACGAUUCCAAAUCUUACUUAUUCUCGGAGAUUGAGCUAUAAUUGUACAUCUCCAGAACGUCCAUUAUCAUCAUUGGGAUCUCGAUAUGAUGAAGAGAAUUUGCUAAAGUCGCUUCAUGAGAAUAGACCCAUUUGGAAGUGA